CUUGGAUCGUUCUAUGCAAGCCCAUGGUGCUGGUGGUAUUUCUCAAGAUUUUCCCCUGGCUCACUUUUAUGCCUCUGCCAGAACAUUACGUUAUGCUGAUGGCCCCGAUGAAGUGCACCGUGCUCAAAUUGGUAAGGUCGAACUUCGUCGUGCCGAAGAAAUCUCUCAGAGGAUCAAGGCUCAAAAAGAAAAGUCUGAUCGUAUGGCUUCUAAACUCUAAAUAAUGCAUUUUAACCAUUUCGUCCAUUUGUACAAUAAAAUUCCCUCGAAAGUCCGAUUCUUUUUUUUUCUUUCGUUAUGUCUAAAAGAGCUUUUGAUAUUGUAGGACCCUCUUCAACAAAGCGUGUUCGCUUUAAUGAAAAAACAAAGUCUCAUAACACUGCUACAGAAGAAACAGAUUUUGAAUUUGAUCACCAAGAUCAACUUGAAGAAAAGAAAACGCGUCGUGGUGCAGUCAACUUUGAUGUGUACGGUAGUGAUGAUGAAGAAGUAGGCGGAGGAAUGUACAGUAGUGAUUCUGAUCAAGAAGACAAAGAAGAAGAGAAAAAGGAUGCUAUGCCUAGCAACAACGAGGAUUUUGAUAUGUUUGGUGUUGAUGCAGAAGAGGACACAAGCAAAAAGAAAGGCAAAGGCAAAGUGGAUGUGAAUGAACUCAUUGAAGGUCAAGAAUUCGAUUCUUAUAACCGAGAAGGCAUUGAUGAUGAUGAAGAGGAUGAUAUAGAAGACGGACAAAAGAAACAGUCUCGCAUUGAAGCAUUCAAUAUGAAGGAGGAAUUAGAAGAAGGCACUGUGGAUUCGAACGGUAACUAUGUCCGUAACAAAGUUGAUCCACAAGCAUUCCAUGACAACUGGAUGAAGGGAAUCACACGCAAAGAUAUUAAUAAAGCAAAAGAAGCACAAGAAAAGCAAGAGCGAGAAGAAGCGUUAAAGGAAGCAGAAAGACAGUCAUCACUGCCACAGUCACAGACAGAUAUCUAUCUUGCUCUUCUCAAGUACAUCAAGCCUGGACAAAGUGUUCAAGAAGCAUUAACCAAUCUGGCUAAUUCACUGCCUAAAAAGUUGCCUGCCUGGAAGCAGAAAAUGUUGGAUAAAAAGAACAAGAACAAACCAAACAGCAAUCAACAACCUCAAUUAUCAGAACAAGAAGAAAAAGAAAGACGUGAAAAAGUUGAAAAAAUUACAGCCUUAGCUGAUCAAAUGAUGGCUUUAGGCCAUUUCAAUAUUUACGAUGAUACAUUUGAAAUCAUGGUUCGUCAUUUGAGAAAAGAAGGUGCAGUUGCUCAAGAUUGGGUACCUUCAUAAUAAAACACUG